GCAUUUUUACCUUGUUUCUGCUCCACCAGCAUUACUGCACCAUCAUUCAAAUGUCAACUAGAAGUUGCUACAUGUUUUGCACUUUGUUCCACCCAAUUCAUGGAGUCGAUGAUGAUUUGACCAGUUUCUGUCAAAAAUUCGAAGCAACGGGAAGCAUAAGGUUUACAAAGUUUGCUGAACUCUGGCGCAGCGAAAAAUUCUUCCACAUUGUUUACGGUAGAAGAAAUCAAGUUGGAUUGUCGGAUGUACUCGGUUGUCUGUUUUAUCGCUUGGUCGAUCUUAUUCAGCCCAAGCCCGAAAGGAGUCACUCUAUUCGAGUUUGCGCACUUUACCUACUUUAUGCUCUACACGGAAAGCAAUACAUAAAAAACAAUGUUCGUAUUCGUGUCUGUCCAGAAACAUGGCCAGCGUUUUUACAGUUGAGCCAAGAAGCCAAGGACGAUGGGCAUCUGGACGUGUAUUAUGUCUUUAAACAGUUAUGCGGGGCGAACGCAUUUACCUUCUGCCUUAAUCGACAAAUCCUCUAUCCCGGAGUUCCUCUUUUCAACAGCCCUCGUCUGAUACCGGCCUCCUCGGAUGGCUUGCGGUCAGCGGAUCCCGUUUCGUUGUACAUGCAAUUUCUAAAACCACCUACAAGUAACCAUCCGGACAUAACAGAAGCUAUAAAUUGUCUGGAACAGGGUAUCAUUCAGUACACUGAAGCGAAAUCCUCACUGAGCGCUGUGAAGCAUACACAGGAUGAAUCCACUACUUCACUAAGUACCGAAGAAGGAGGCGAUAAGAAGCAGGACGAAUUCUUACCUGGCUUAAAUUUUAUAACUUAUCCGAAUUCCUUGACGAAGCUUUUCUCUAUCGUCGAUCGCAUGGGUGCCCACGAAGCUGAGGAACGAAGAGCUGGAUGUUUUAUCCUCGAGAGGGCAGAAUCAGACCAUGACAAGGCAAGUGGUCAAAGCAGCAAUGAUUUUCGCGUAACUGGAAGUCGUAAUGUGCGCUCAAAACAUGUACUGAAGCAAUGCAUGAGUACCGAUCCAACGGAGACGCAGAAGGCACCUGUAUCGCGGACGCGCGAUUCCCGCCUCAAGUCACGUGCAUUGGGCGCGAGAUGGAAACGGUUACAACGGUCCUCUACUUGCCCAACCGGGCUGGAACAACAAGCCGUCUCAGUUGGUACGCAUGUGCGUCGACACAGCUGUCGGCGGCAGGUUGCACAGUCGAAGAAUGUAUAGGUUGUCAAACCCGCAUCUCAGCCUUCUGUUAUCACCGCUGCAUUCCUGUACAUUUGUUUUUAUAUUACUCAAUAGAGCUCGAACUCUGCUGC